AUGUCGCAGAGGGGGCCUGCGUCUCGCCCUGUCUCGCCCCCUUCCGCGAGGUCACCAGCUUCAGCUCAACUUACGCCUCUGGAUACACAUCAGCCUGGUCUGCGGGGAGGCGGUGGUCCGCCAUCGGAGGAUGGAUCUCAAGAGACCGGUAGCGGUUCGAGCACGAGCGGAGAGCGAUCGCAGCUCGCACAAAGAAGUUUAGGCGUUCGCAACAUCUUGAACCCGGCAGAUUCCCAGCCUUCUCCCGCAAACCCCGGCCCUUCCGUGACUCAACAACGGCAUGGACGGGGCAUUUCAGGUGCAGCGAUGACGAGCCAAGGCGAACACAGACUAGACACGUCUGCACAACAAGCGUACAUGGCGCGUGGGCAAGACGUGUCUUCUCCUCAUCGAGCUAUGGUGCGGCCGAGUGGCGAGACGACUCCAUCGACGGGACGCGAGUCACCGGCAGCAGUUCAUCCAUGGCCAGUUCUCGGGGCACCAAGGCGGUAUGCGACACCAAGGUCGCCCAGAGCCAGCAGCUUCAGUCACGGUCCGCCGCCGCGGACACAAAGCCAACAAUCUCACUUUUCUGGGACAAGUCUAGCUGGGCCGGGACGAGGUUUUGUCUCCGAAGGACCCUCUGAAAGGGCUCCCCUAAGUCAGUCGGCCCAUCCGCUUGCACCACAGUUGAGCGGGCUUGGAUUACCCGGGGUGUCUCCUGGUAGUGUGCCGAACCUCAACGCGCCGCCUCGGUCUCUAUCGCAACCUAUGAUCCGCCCACAUCCAGAGCAGCAGUCUUCGAUUCAGGGAUCCCCGCAUCAUCUUCAUCGACCGCCGAUCUUGCCUAGCCCACCUCCGUACGCAACCAGCGUUCCUCCUCAGCGAAGUUUCUUUGCGCAUGGAAACACCCAUUGGCAACAAUCGCUUGGCGGUCAGCAAGGUGUGAGAGGUGGCGGGUUCCCAGAUGAAGUUAUGUUUGCUGCACCAGGGGUGGAGGCUAUUCCCGUGAUUGUUAAUACGACCACUGCCUCAAAACAGGCUGAUGAGAAGCGACUUCGAAAUGCAGGAGCAUCAGCGAGGUUUCGGCAGCGCAAGAAGGACAAGGACAACCACAGGGAAGGUCUUAUAGAGAAACUGGAGGCACAAAACAGAGAACUCGAGAAGCGUAUUCGCGAGUUGGAACAAGAAAGGGAACUGUACGCGGCAGACCGCGACCGUCUCCGAGAUGUCGUUCAGCGAACACCCGGAAUCUCGGAGCUGGCCUACCAGGGUGUACACAGUCCUUCGACAAGCGUGGGCUCCUUUGCCCAAAGGAGCCCACACGGGUCCGUUCCUCCCCCGCCGCCUCUGCCGAUGACAUAUGGGACAUCAGAAUCUGGGUCGGAAGAAAGGCCUUCUAGACGGCGAAGGACUGAUCCCCAGCUGGAUUUCAUCAGUCCACCAUACACGACAGCCUUGCCACCUCCGCUAAGCUACAACGCACCUUUAUCGCAACCCGGUACUCCCUCAACUUCUGAAAGGCUUCCGCCUCUUCGACUGGAUCAACCGAACGUUGGCCCAAGUGCCCCAUCGGAGCACACCUCGGGGAAUCCUACAGGUCAGGGUCAAUCCUUUUCACCGUUCAAGCGCGAACCAUACGAAGCACGCUGGGCAACCAGGCCCGGUGGGCCGCCUGACCAAAGGCAGCAAUAA